ACGUAGGGGGAAAGAAAGAAAGAAAGAAAGAAAGGGGGAACGAAUAUUCACAGCUUCUUUCAAACCACGAAAGGAAAAGCAGAGUUCUCCACGAUUUCCGAGGAAGAGAGGGAGAGAGAGAGAGACUUGUAUGCGCUUCGUCGCCGUUGUCUGCCCAUCCUUCUUGUCAUAUAAAUUUAUCCGAUAACGGAAAAAUCUACGAAUCUAUCCAGUCUCAUUUAUUCAAUCGCGAACAACAAAUCCAUUCCCCUUUCUCAUCCUUUAAUCCAAUCAACCAACGAUCUGACUCUUCGUUCGAAUGGCUGCUUACCAUGCGGCUUGUACUCGGGCGCGGCAAUCGAGGAUAAACUUGGCCGUGAUAAGCCGAUUCUGUGGUUGCCGGCAUAUUUCUCAGCUCGUUCAUUCCAACGGGAAGCGCCUUUUUCUCGUCGACACUUUAGCCCUUGUGAGGAGAUUGGAGGGGCAAGGGGUUCCUUCGAAGCAAGCUGAGGCAAUAACCGCUGCCAUCACCGAGGUUCUGAACGACAGUUUGGAGAAUGUGGCUCAAUCCUUCGUCUCCAAGGCUGAAAUGCAGAAGACCGAGAUGAUUCAGGAGUCCAAUUUGUCCAAAUUCAAGGUCGAAGUUAAAAACUCACAGGACCACCAUUUUUCUUUGCUGCAACACGAGAAUGAAAAGCUUCGAGGUGAUAUUGAGAAGAUGCGCAGUGAACUAAGGUAUGAAGUUGACAAGGUCACUGCUGGGCAGCGGUUGGAUCUAAAUCUUGAGAGGGGGAGAAUACGGGAUGAGCUAGCACAACAAAAUCAACAAACCACUAACCUCACUAACAAACUUGAUCGGGAAAUUCAUGAAUUAAGAGCUCAGUUGGAAGCAGCAAAAUAUGAUGUGAUGAAGUAUUGCAUAGGUACCCUUGUUUCUAUCUCUGCUGUUGGUCUAGCCGUUGUGCGGAUCUUGAUGUGACCUACUCGUUAAGUUGCAACUUACUUCUGGUAACAAAUUCUAAUGAAGAAAUCAGGAGCAAAGAACAAAAAAUUUAAAAAAAAAAUGAAAUAGAAAAACAGGAAUUUUAGUGUAUAUCUAUUGGAUACUGAUGAUUGCUGGAAGGGAAAUGGAAGAAGAAAAUUGGAUGAAAUUCAGGUGCUUGUAGAGAAUUGGCUGUUAUUCUAUUUAGAAUUUUGUUUUUUGGCCAGCCAGAUUCUUGUAAUGGCUUGGCCAUAUAUGGGGCACUCAUUUGCUUUUUAAUUUGAGCAGACCCGACCCAUUCUUGUACUCUGGAUGUAUUGUUUGUUGACUGACUACCUAAAUAUAAAUAUUGGAUUUUUUUAA